UAUCUCCACUAGACAAAAAUUACUAUUUUUUCAAUUACUAUAAACAACACUAUAAAUGUGAAGAAUCUAUCAAAGGAACCUUGAAUUCAACUUCUUUCUCCACAACAACAACAAAAAUGAAUCCAUCAAAACUUUCAUCCUUGUUAUUAACACUUUCAUUGAUCAUCAUAUUUUCUCAAACAUCGAACGCCAAAUUGUUUGAAGAUGUUUGCAAAGCGACCGCAGAAGACAACGACCGUUGCCUUCAAAUUUUGAAGUCAGAGCCUAAAAUUGUCUCCGCGAAUAGCGAUAUAGCACUAUGUAAACUCAUCUUACAAUUUGCCCUAAAAAAGGGUGAAGAGGCUCAGAAUUACCUAAAGGAAAUGAUGAAGACAAAUCCAUCACCAGCAAUUAAAGAAUGUGCAACUAUUCAUUAUGAUGAGGUGGUUGGAUCAUUCAAAAGUUCCUUAGGUGAGUUGAAAGAAGAUGAAUUAACAGCAAACUAUGAUGCCAAAGUUGCCGGUGAUGGUCCUACAACAUGUGAAACUGCCUUGGCUUCAGAAAAUAUUAAUAUUCCUAAAAUUUCUGAUCUAAAUAAAGAGAUAUUGUUGCUUAGCAAAAUUGCAUUUUUAGCCACAAACAAACUUCCAAACUCAUAAACUCUUUUUUGUUAUAUAUUACUCCGUUCUAUAUUUUUCAAAAGAGAUUGUUGAAUCAAUAAAAGUUAAUAUAUUUGA